UUACAAGUAACCAAUACAAUUUAUAAUGGACACUUGUAAUUAUUCUAUCUUUCUAAAAACAAGCAAAUACUUAUAAUAGUCUGAUGAUGAGUUUAUAACCUAACUCCUUUUCCAGUUAAACUGUAACAUUGCCACUUACACUCUGUUGAGGUGACAAAUUGGACUGGUGGAGUGAAUGAACAACAGCCCAGCAAUCUACAGCAGGGGUCCUCAAACUUUUUAAGCAGAGGGCUGGUCCACAAUCCUUCAAACUAUUGAGGGGCCAAAUUAUCAUUUGAAAAAAAAAAUACAAACAAAUUCCUACGCACACUGCAUAUGUCUUAUUUGUAGUGCAAUACAACAAUACCAAUUAAAGAACAAUACAAUAUUUUAAAAUGAAAACAAUUUUAACCAACAUAAACCUAUCAGGAUGUCAGGGUGCAAUAAAGAACAGCAUCAUCAAAGCUGGUCUUUUCGCAACCUGACUACAAGAGGACAGAGGAAGGAGACCAUUUGGCGGGAUAGGCUGAUUUAUGACAGGGUCUGGUCUUCAAACGUGGGAAAGGACAAAAGGAAAGGGAGGUGUGGAUGGAGAAGGAGGAGGGGGGAGGCAACAACCCCAUAUACUGAGGGGGAAAGCGGAAGAGGGGCAGUAAAAGCUUUUGCAGUCAUCUUGGCAAGGCGGAUUCAAUAAAGUUUUCCAUUGCGACCAGUGGUGUGAGCCUAUUUUUUGGGUCCUACACCUUCCAGGAACGGACAUUAAGCUUUUACUCCCUUUUUUUUUUUCCGGCUCAUCCCGUGAGGAAAGGUCUCUCCGGUGAGAGCAUGAACCCUGAUGGAGGAGAAACCAUGAAGGAAUUCCUCUUCCUGGAAGAAGAACAGGCGAACCCUCGAGGUGCAGAGGAGUUGAGAGAGGAAAGGAACCCAUCGCCCGCGUUGAGCGAAGGGGGGACAGACCCCUCGGACCCGUCGUGGAAGCCGCUGACCUCCACCCAGUUACCCGCAGGCAGGGGAGUGACGAUGGAUCUGAUGCAGCGGCAGGUAAACGAGUCCUGGAGGGCGACAGUCGAGCAACGGGAGCAGAGGAGAGGGCUGCCCGGGAGAGGCACUGAACCCCGUCCCUUUGCCGGGGAGGGUCCACAGGACUAUGAGGACGAGAUGCCUCGGCAGGGGGCAUCAGUUUUCCCCACGGGCCUGUCGGGAAGGAGCCAAAUGCCUGGGAAGGGAGAAUUUCGGGUGAAGUUCAACGGGGACCCCAAACAGCUGUCUUAUUUCAUUACAAACGUAAGACACUUCAUGGAGGAUUUUGGGGACCAAUUCCCUUCAGAAAGCGCAAAAAUCCACACGGUGGGGGCAAACUUGAAAGAAGCAGCUGCAGACUGGCUAAUGCAGAUGUAUGAUACUGGUGCCCGGGAGCUAGCCUGCCUGGAGGAUUUCCUAAGAGCCCUCCGUGAGAGAUUCGAAGACCCUUUGGCAGAGGAGAGGGCGAAGGCCCAACUCAAAAGGAUAUACCAGGGAGGAAGGACAGUGUCAGAAUACGCCCUGGAAUUUAAAGCCACAGCGGGGAAGAUUAGGGACUGGUCAGACACCACCAAGCUGGAAUAUUUCAGGGCUGGUUUACGCUCUGAGGUGCUCGAGUGGGCUUUACACAGAGGAAAUCCAAGAGACUUGGAGGACUGGAUUUUGCUGGCGGGGCGCGUGGAGGUGGACCAACAGCAAAUCUCUCGUCGUCCAAGGGAGAGCAACAGAAUCAAACCCCCGACAGCAGCAACACGGCGCUUCUCCCCUCGUCGCGGAAGGUCGACCAGCAGGGAGAGGAGAGCAGGGAGGGGGGCCUGCUUUGUUUGCGGCCGCGAGGGACAUCGAGCAGCAGAGUGUCCGAAAGGGACAGGCGUGGAGACAAAAGGAGAGAGGCUUCACAGCCAGAAGCCGCCCCACCAGAACUCCAAACUAGCAAAAGGGAAAGCUGCCACGGCAACGGAAACGGCUCUAGCCCCAAGGCAGCUUCAAGCGGAAGAGAUGGAGGAAGCGGAGGACCUGGAGUUACCAGGAAACGACCGGGAUCUGUUUUGAAUGCCCGGAAACAGAUCGAACCACCAGAGGGC